AAAUAAAGCAUGAGUAGAUCAGUGUAUAAGCUCAGCUGUAACUAUCAUGGAUAAACGUAUGAUAAACAAAGGGGGAAAGUUCUUAGAAUGCCCCAUCCUAACCGCGGCGGCAACGCCCCUGGCCCCUCGCGUGGAGUGCUCCGUCUUCGGCUGCCGCAGCUCUGAGCGAGACCAGGUCAGCUUCCACCCGCUGCCACAAGAUCCUGACAGAUGCAGCCAAUGGCUGAAGCUCAUCAACAGACAAGACCUCGCCGACAAGCUUCGCUCCGGGCAACACGCCGUGGUGUGCUCCAUACAUUUUCUACCUGAACAAAUUGUGAACGGGGUAUUGGUUCAGAACGCUCUACCGUCCCUGCUACUGCCUACAACGAAACAUCAGUUCGUAGUAGACGGUAUGUAUUAA